UCGAGUGAACUGGAAUCGACAGAGGUGUUCCAGAGGGACAAGUUUUUAGAGUGCACUUGCUUUUCUUCGUUCGGGGGCAGAGGGUGAAGAAGACAACGAUGGCCGGAUGGUGGAGCCUCGGUGGUGCUUUUCUUCUGCUUUUUGGUAUUCUCCUUGCUUCCUAUUUGUACAAGAUCAACUGGAUCAAGGACCUAAGAUUCGAAGGUGACAACAAAAGAGUUUUAGCGAAUUACUUGGAAUCGAAAAAGCGUAAAUUGGGAAAGCUUCCUCCGGUUUACCCGAACGGUUGGUUUGCCCUAUUAGAGAGUUAUCAAUUAGACAAGGGUCAAGUAAAACACGUAGCUGCUCUCGGACAGAAUUUUGCCGUCUUCAGAACAGAUAAUGGGACGGUGAGAAUUUUAGACGCUUAUUGCCCUCAUCUCGGUGCAAAUAUGGCAGAGGGUGGCCGUGUAAAGGGCGAUUGCUUAGAAUGUCCCUUUCACGGUUGGCUAUUUCGUGGUUCCGAUGGACAAUGCGAUUACAUCCCCUAUGCCGACAAAGUGCCGCAUAUCGCCAGAACAAAAACUUGGAAAAGUUGCGAGGCUAACGAAAUUAUCUUCGUUUGGCACCACGCCGAGGGAUUAGAACCACACUGGCAGCCGCAAACGAUCAGUCACGUUUCAAACCGAACAUGGCGUUAUCAGGGUCGAAACGAGUUUCUCAUCAAUUGUCACAUACAGGAAGUUGCGGAGAAUGGUGCCGAUUCGGCACAUCUCAGCGCGGUGCACGGACCAGCGAUAUUUGCAAAAAUCGCACGUAUCUUUUCCGCUUUCGCUCGUCAUUCAUGGACGAACGUUAAUUGGGCGCCGCAUAAUUCUUUCUUAGAAUCUCAAAACUCGAACGGAACCGAGUCAGAGAAACAGGAUGGUGAAAAUUUAAGGCACAGAGCGUACAUGACUUUACGGCACAGACUGAUUCUGUUCGAGAAAUUCCAAGUUUUACCAUUGGACGUGAACGUUCAACAAAUCGGACCAGGAUACGUUGAACUCAUGAUGCACGGCCCUCUAGGAUCCAUGUGUAUAUUCCAAACGGUGACACCGAUGGAACCCCUCUUACAAAAGGUGACUCACGUACUAUACUGUCCACCGUUGCUUGGUCCAUACGCUAGUAUGUUAUUCCUAGGAGAGUGUUUAAUGUUCGAAAGAGACGUAGCCAUUUGGAAUCGAAAGAAGUUCGAGAAACGACCGCUGCUGGUCAAAGAAGAUAAAAGUAUAAUUGCUUAUCGCAGGUGGUACGCCCAAUUUUAUUCGGAGCAUAGUCCAAGUUAUCAUUCCGCUAUCAAAUCUUUACAAUGGUAGCAAUACCUUACCUAUUAUAAAACAUUCUUCUAUCUUUGAUAACGCUCGCUAAAUUUCAUAUCUCUGAUAAUUGUAAGAACGAUAAUAUUAGCGAUUAUAUUAAAUAAAUACAUUUUAGUGCAAUAAGA